UUUCGCAGGAUGGCACCGUGCUCGCAGAUGGGCCCCGGCCGCCUCUCCCGAGGGCUGCUGCUGCUCUGGGCACUCCUGGGGACUGGGCUCUGCCACACAGGUGCCAAGGUGGAGAGCUUCAGCCAGGAUGCCAGGACGAGCCCCCCCGUGGCUGUGUCCAACUGGACAGUGACAGCCCAGCUCGUGGAGGAGAUGUACACCAACAUGACACAGGAGUGCUGGGAGUACUUUGUUGACAUGAUGAGGAAUGUGACGGUGGUGGAGCUGUGCGAAUGGAAGGUCAUCAGCAGGCCCUACAGCUUUCUGCAGCACUGCCUGGAGGACUGGGCCGACCACCUGCACUAUGGCUACCCCAAUGCACUGGCUGAGCAGUACAUCUUCCAGAGCCACCACCGCUACUUCCACAACUGCAGCCUGCAGCACCAGGUCUACUUCGACCCGCCCGAGGACGUGCUGCUGGCCAUGAUCAUCGCCCCCAUCUGCCUCAUCCCCUUCCUGGUCACCCUGGUCAUCUGGCGCAGCAAGGACGGCAAGGCGCAGCCAUAACGCCGCUGCCCGGGCACCCGCAGCUGCUGCUGGCACAGCGGGUCCUAUGCCCGGGCACUGUGCUGCUUCACGGGCCCCAAGCCCCGGGGCCACCGGCCACCCUGUGGGGCUUUCGGCAUCAGCUCCCGGUUUCUGCUGUGCCGCUGGCAGCU